GGAUUAGAAAUAGAGGAGGUUAAAAGAAUCAACGGUGUUGGACAAACCUGCACUCUCAUCUCCAUCGUCCUCCUCGCUUCUCUCUUAUCCAGCGUCCGAUCCUCCCGACACCAUCCGAUCUCUCUCCCUCCCUCCCUCCCUCUCUCGCGCCAAUUACAACUUCCACAGCUGCUCGGUCCCGGGCGACGCGAUGGCGGAUGCUCCGGCGAGUCCCGGCGGCGGCAGCCACGAGAGCGGCGACCACAGCCCCCGCUCCGGCGUCCGCGAGCAGGACAGGUACCUCCCGAUCGCCAACAUCAGCCGCAUCAUGAAGAAGGCCCUCCCCGCCAACGGCAAGAUCGCCAAGGACGCCAAGGAGACCGUGCAGGAGUGCGUCUCCGAGUUCAUCAGCUUCGUCACCAGCGAGGCGAGUGACAAGUGCCAGAGAGAGAAGAGGAAGACGAUUAACGGCGAUGACUUGCUCUGGGCCAUGGCGACCUUAGGGUUUGAGGAUUACCUGGACCCGCUUAAGAUUUACCUUGCCCGAUACAGGGAGAUGGAGGGGGAUUCCAAGGGUUCAGCUAAAGGUGGGGAAGCAUCUGCUAAAAGAGAUGGUGCGGCGGUACAGUCAGUUCCUAAUGCCCAGAUUGCUCAUCAAGGUUCUUUCUCUCACGGCACCAACUAUUCCCAUUCUCAAGUUCACCAUCCUGCGCUUCCGAUGCAUGGCGCAGAAUAAUCAUGUGUUCCAGUCCUGUUGCAUGAGAUGAAGAAAUCAUCACUCAUUCUGAGGGUUCAACUCAUCUUGGCAUCAAGAUAUUUGUACAAUGUGCUGUGGACGAUUUAGGGUGGUCUCUGUCAAUUGUGUUCAUUUGGAGUCGUUUUCCAAUGGGCUGUAUAUUUUAGCAUCUGCAUCAUAUUUGCUUUCGGCCUGAUAUAUGUCUGGUUUAGAUUUACUUGAUAAUGUAGAAAGGUAACCCCUGCAAGUAUUUAUCUUAUUGCCAUUUAGAUUGGGCACCCGAUGAGGACGAGAAUGAAGUUUCGUUUUAGCUCU